GGGAGGUGGGAGUAGCGCAGUGAACCGAUCUCGAGGGUGAAGUGAGGGCCAGAGUCCUCGGGAAGUUGCCAACCCUACAUCACCCGUGCUACGUGUGUCUCCGCCGAGGGCUGUCAGGGACCAGGUCUGUGGGAGAGCGGCGAUGGGAAGCGACAAGCCAAAGCGAUCCGGGUGAGGGGGUCGCGGUCCGCCGGGCCCAGGUCGCCUUCCCUUCCAACCCAUGGCUGGGCGGACUGAAUGUCCCAGGACCUGGCCAAGGAGUCCCCGCGCGUUUGCUCGCGUCCGGUACCACCGGGCGUCGGUUCCCGCGGUGCCGCCAUGAAGUCCCGCAGGGAGAAAUUGCUGAUACCGGCGCUGACGCUCGAUCUGUCGCCGAGCAGCCAGAGCCCAUGCUUGCUGAGCCCCUGCAGCCCGUGCAGUCCGUGCAGCCCGUCGCUGGGCCUGCAGCCCUGGAGCUGCCGCAGUGGCAACCGAAAGAGCCUAGUUGUGGGGACACCCUCACCCACCGUCUCCAGGCCGCUGUCACCGCUGUCUGUCCCAACAGCAGGUAACAGCCCCUUGGACAGUCCUCGGAACUGGGCCACAGCAGCUGUCAGCUUCCCCUUUGCCCGGAGCCACCUCUCUCAUGGUGACAGGGCUGAUGGCAGAAGAUGGUCGCUUGCUUCUCUCCCGUCCUCCGGCUAUGGAACCAACACUCCCAGCUCCACCGUGUCGUCGAGCUCAUCUUCCCGGGAACGGCUCCACCAGCUUCCCUUCCAGCCCACAGCAGACGAGCUGCGCUUCCUGUCCAAGCACUUCCGCAGCUCAGAGAGCGUGGUGGAAGAGGAUGGAGGCCGCUCCCCGCGCCUGCGCCCACGCUCACGCAGCCUCAGCCCUGGACGCACAUCUGGAACCUUCGACAACGAGAUUGUGAUGAUGAACCACGUGUACCGGGAGCGCUUCCCCAAGGCCACUGCGCAGAUGGAGGGUCGGCUGCAGGACUUCCUAGCGGCAUUUGCUCCUGGCAACCGCCUGGCCCUGGCAGACGGUGUCCUGGGCUUCAUCCACCACCAGAUUGUGGAGCUGGCACGGGACUGCCUAGCCAAGUCGGGCGAGGCCCUGGUUACCUCCCGCUAUUUCCUGGAGAUGCAGGACAAGCUGGAGCGGCUACUGCAGGAUGCUCAUGAGCGGUCGGACAGCACAGAGGUGGGCUUCAUCGUGCAGUUGGUCCGCAAGCUGCUCAUCAUCAUCUCCAGGCCAGCGCGGCUGCUCGAGUGCCUGGAGUUCGACCCCGAGGAGUUUUAUCAUCUGCUGGAGGCCGCAGAGGGCCAGGCCCGCGAGGACCAGGGUGUGAAGACUGAUCUGCCACGCUACAUCAUCCGCCAGCUGGGCCUGGCCAAGGACCCUCUGGAAGAGAUUCAGCCUCUGAAUGACCUUAAUGAAGACCAGUCACCGGCUCCUGGAUACCCUGAGAGCCAUGGCCUGGGCUGUCCAUCCCGGAGGAAGCCGUGUGAGAGCGACUUUGAGACCGUCAAGCUCAUCAGCAAUGGAGCCUAUGGGGCCGUCUACCUGGUGCGCCACCGGGACACGCGGCAGCGCUUCGCCAUCAAGAAGAUCAACAAGCAGAAUCUGAUCCUGCGCAACCAGAUCCAGCAGGUGUUCGUGGAACGCGACAUCCUCACCUUCGCUGAGAACCCCUUCGUGGUCGGCAUGUUCUGCUCCUUUGAGACUCGCCGCCACCUCUGCAUGGUCAUGGAGUAUGUGGAAGGCGGUGACUGCGCCACACUCCUGAAGAACAUGGGCCCACUGCCUGUGGACAUGGCGCGCAUGUACUUCGCGGAGACGGUGCUGGCGCUGGAGUAUCUGCACAACUACGGUAUCGUGCAUCGCGACCUCAAGCCGGACAACCUGCUCAUCACCUCCCUUGGCCACAUCAAGCUGACGGACUUUGGCCUGUCCAAGAUCGGCCUCAUGAGCAUGGCCACCAACCUGUACGAAGGUCACAUCGAGAAGGAUGCCCGAGAGUUUGUGGACAAACAGGUGUGUGGAACGCCCGAAUACAUUGCACCGGAGGUGAUCUUCCGCCAGGGCUAUGGGAAGCCAGUGGACUGGUGGGCUAUGGGUGUCAUCCUGUAUGAGUUCCUGGUGGGCUGUGUGCCGUUCUUCGGGGACACGCCUGAGGAGCUGUUUGGACAGGUGGUCAGUGAUGAGAUCAUGUGGCCAGAGGGAGAUGAGGCACUGCCCGCCGAUGCCCAGGAUCUCAUCACGAGGCUUCUGCGCCAGAGCCCCAUGGACAGGCUGGGAACUGGGGGCACCCAUGAGGUGAAGCAACACCCUUUCUUCCUGGCCCUGGACUGGGCAGGGCUUCUGAGACACAAGGCAGAGUUUGUCCCACAACUUGAAGCUGAGGAUGACACCAGCUACUUUGACACGCGCUCUGAACGCUACCGCCACUUGGGCUCUGAGGACGAUGAGACCAAUGAUGAGGAGUCGUCCACGGAGAUCCCCCAGUUUUCCUCCUGUUCCCACCGCUUCAGCAAGGUUUACAGCAGCUCCGAGUUCCUGGCUGUGCAGCCUAACCCCACCUUAGCCGAAAGGAGUUUCAGCGAGGACCGGGAGGAAGGGUGGGAGCGGAGCAUUGAAGGUGACAGCGGCCGCCGGCUGAGCACUGACCUCCGGCUUCGGUCCUGGACAUGCGCCUCCUCCUCUCUAUCCGACCGGGGUCCCAGCCCGGCUCUCCUAAGCACCAUCAGCCUGGACACGAUGCCAAAAUUUGCCUUCUCUUCUGAAGAUGAGGGAGCAAGUGCAGGGCUUGCUGACCCCAAGAAGCCUGUCUUCAUUCUAGGGGAGUCUGAUCCCCCACCCCCGACCACCCCAGUGACACCCAAGCCCUGCAAUCUUUCUGCUGAUACAGCUGUCCUCAGCCAUGCCCGCCUUCGAAGCAACAGCACCGGCGCCCGGCACUCGACUCCUCGGCCCCUUGAUGCUGGCAGAGGCCGCCGCCUUGGAGGCUCAAGAGACGCCGGGCCUGAGAAGCCCCGGGCCUCUCCUGCCUCUGGCGGGGGUGGGGGCCGAGUGCCCAAGUCAGCCUCUGUAUCUGCCCUGUCCCUCAUCGUCACGGCAGACGAUGGAAGCGGGGGUCCCCUCAUGAGCCCCCUGUCGCCACGCUCGCUGUCCUCCAACCCCUCCUCCCGAGACUCCUCACCCAGCCGGGACCCGUCACCCGUGUGUGGCAGCCUGCGGCCCCCCAUCGUCAUCCACAGCUCAGGCAAGAAAUACGGCUUCAGCCUGCGUGCCAUUCGCGUCUACAUGGGUGACAGCGAUGUGUACACAGUGCACCAUGUGGUUUGGAGCGUGGAGGAGGGCAGCCCUGCGCAGGAGGCUGGGCUGCGCGCCGGUGACCUCAUCACGCACAUCAACGGGGAGUCGGUCCUGGGCCUGGUGCACAUGGAUGUGGUGGAGCUGCUGCUGAAGAGCGGUAACAAGAUUUCCCUACGUACCACCGCCCUGGAGAACACCUCCAUCAAGGUGGGGCCUGCACGGAAGAACGUGACCAAGGGCCGCAUGGCCCGCAGGAGCAAGCGCAGCCGCCGACGCGAGACCCAGGAUCGGCGGAAGUCUCUGUUUAAGAAGAUCUCCAAGCCGUCUUCUGUGCUCCACACCAGCCGUAGCUUCUCCUCAGGCCUUCACCACUCCCUGUCCUCCAGCGAGAGCCUCCCUGGAUCGCCCACGCACAGCCUGUCCCCCAGCCCCACCACCCCCUGCCGCAGCCCUGCUCCGGAUGCCCCCACAGACACAACAUCCCCACCCAGUGUAUCCCCAAGUUCCAGCAGCCCUGCCUCUCCUGCCACUGGCCACACCCGUCCCAGCUCACUACAUGGCCUGGCAGCCAAGCUCGGGCCACCUCGUCAAAAGAGCGGCCGCCGCAAAUCCACCAGCAGUAUCCCACCAUCCCCACUGGCCUGCCCGCCAGUGCCCACGCCCCCACCACGCUCUCCAUCGCCACUACCUGGGCACAUCCCCAUACCUGCACGGUCCCCUAGGCUCCGCAGGGGUCAGUCGGCCGACAAGCUGGGCCUGGGCACCAGUGAACGGCUGGAUGGGGAUGGAGGCCGGCGUGGCCGCGGGGCUGAGGCCGAGCUGGUUGUCAUGAGGAGGCUGCACCUCUCUGAGCGCCGGGACUCCUUCAAAAAGCAGGAGGCCGUGCAGGAGGUGAGCUUCGAUGAGGAGCCAGGACCACCUCGGGCGGUGCCCAAGAUCGCUGUUCAGGGUGCAGAGGCCGCUCCUGGAACUCCAGGGCCAGCUUUGAAAGACUGACCACCACCCCUGCCACAGUUCCUCACGGAGUUGUCAUUCCCACAAACACCUGCAUGGGGCGCGGCCAUCAGCCGGGGACACACGCCAGGAGGGUGCUCCCCACCCAGGAAGUGCUGGGGUGGGGGUGCCUGUGACUGUAAAUAGCAAGCCCUCCUACUAAUUUAUUACUUUUUAUAAGCAAUAGCCAAGCUGGCUGCCCUAGCGGAGGCAGCUGUGCAGCCUGCAGAGCCUGUUCUGUGGGCCAAGAUGGAGCAUUCUGGGCAACUGUGUUUUCUAGUUUGUCCAAGUAUCGGUGUAUGUUGUGUGCGUGCCCUUCCCAGUCCCAACCCAAGACCCACUCCAGGGAACACAGGCCUGUCCUGGCCCAGUUUGGACCGGACAUGACGCAUGCUUGUGACCCCAGAGCUAGGGAGGCUGAAAGGGGACGGCCAGGUCCGUGCGGUCUUCGUGUGAGCAACCAGCCUCAGACUGUCAGGCUACAUCUGGCUCAGCUCCUGCAUGCUUCAGCUUAGAGGAAGUGUGGGAACAGGGGGCUGAAUGGUGAAUAGUUCUCUAGAUUGAGGUGAAACAUCCUGUGCCCUCUAGAGGAGGCAGUCAGCUGGGAGAGAAGUGCUCUGUGCCUGGGCUGCUGUGUUUAUGAGACUAACCCCAGUGCUCCUGGGUUCCCCCAGCUCUGUGUGAUCCAAGCAGCUGAGGUCUCGGAGCUUUGUCCCACAAUGGCCGAGUGAGAUUUCUGGCCCUGCUGUCAGCUUGGUCAUGGAGGAGCCCAGGUUAUCCCCCAUGAUGCUCUGCAACCCAGCAGGCAACCAGUAGGUGGCCAGUGAUGCAGUCUGAGGGGCAGGGGGAUUCCUAGGCACUCAAACCUGCUCUGCACCCUCCCUGACUCCCAGCCAGCACUGCCUGCUGAAGGGGAGCCCAAGGCUGUGCAUGACUAGCCCCCACCAUCCUGGGGCUGGCAUUGAAUAAAAGCCCACGAAGACAUCAA